AGAGUUGAGGGGAAGGGAAGGAGGAGGAGGAGGAGGAGGAGGGAGGGGAGGAAAAGGGAAGAGGCUGCGCUACGGGCGGAGCCGAGGAGGCCGCGCUACGGGCCGGCAGCGACCUGCUCCCGGGGCCUGUGUGGAGAUUCUGCCAAUCUCCCAAGGUCGGGGCUUGAACCCUGCCAGAUAAAGUCAAAGCCGGCCCCCCCCAUCUCCUCCCUGCCCCCCUCUUUUUUUUUUUUUUUUUUUUUUUUUUUUUUCCCCAACCAUGCAAAAGGCGGGAUGAAGCUGGAAGCUGUGGUGGAGCAGCUGCAGAAGCAGCAGCAGAAGCAGCAGCCGCCUCUGCAGAUGGAUUCCAGGGAGAGACAGCAGAGGCAGAUGAGAGAAGCCCAACUGCUCUACACCCAACAGCUGGCCGUGCAGCAGGCUGUCCUCGCUGCCACAUCUGGCAGGGCUUCAGGAGGCACCUCUCUAGGUCCCUUGGCCAGAGGCCCACCUGCAACCGGAGCUACGAGGGCUUUUGAUCAGAGCAGCAUGAAUUCCGAGCCGGAAGAAGAAGAAGAGGAGGAGGAAGAAGAAGAGGACGAAGAGGAGGAGGAGGAAGAAGAAGAAGGGGGUUUGGAAGGUGGCGAUCUGGAGGAUGGGGCUGACGUGACUGGCAAAGAAAGCUGCUCGGCUCUGAAAUAUUUUCACCCUCCCAAAGUUGCUCAUCACAACCAAAGAGUGGGCUCUACCUCCAACGCUCUGCCGGCGCCGGGGCAGCAGCGGGGACAGCAGGGCAAAGAAGAACAGGGUAAAGACACUACUAAACAACCGUAUUCCGGUUCCCCCUCUGGACGCCAGAGCUGGCGGUUGGACGAGCAGCUCAAACAGAACGGCAGCGUGACCUGGAGCGAUGAAGGUGAUGGGUGCCGAGGAAGAGAAAUCUCACGAGACUUUGCCAAGCUCUAUGAACUGGAUAGUGACCCCGAACGGAAGGAGUUCCUGGACGACCUCUUCGUCUUCAUGCAGAAGAGGGGGACUCCCAUCAAUCGGAUCCCCAUCAUGGCAAAGCAGAUCCUGGACCUCUACAUGCUCUACAAGCUGGUGACGGAGAAGGGAGGGCUGGUGGAAAUCAUCAACAAGAAAAUCUGGCGAGAGAUCACCAAAGGCCUUAACCUGCCCACCUCCAUCACCAGUGCCGCCUUCACGCUUCGAACCCAGUACAUGAAGUACCUCUACGCCUACGAAUGCGAGAAGAAGUCCCUCAGUUCUCCUGCCGAGCUCCAGGCCGCCAUCGAUGGCAACAGACGGGAGGGCAGGCGGCCCAGCUACAGCUCCUCCUUGUUCAGCUACUCGCCCACCACCACAGGACCUCCUUCCCUCCUCUCUCCCCCGAAGAUCCGCUUCCCCAUCAUCGGGGUGGCCCCGGGCAGUGGGACCAGCAACCCUCGGGUGUCUCCAGCGGCGGCGGUCAGAAAAGGUGAAGGUGUGCCCUUGACUGUGUCUAUGCCAAACCGUAUCGCCGUGCCAGUGACCUUGGCCAGCCAACAGGCAACCGUGGCAGCAAGAACGGCCACCCUGGAGCAGCUGAGGGAGAGACUGGAGUCGGGAGAGCCUCCGGAGAAGAAGGUCUCGCGGAUGACGGAGGAGGAGCAGCGGCUCGUCCAGCAGGCUCUUCAGCGCAACCUCUUCAGCGUGGCACGACAGAUCCCCAUGAAGAUCAAAAUCAACGGCAAGGAAGACAAACCGGACGCGGCGGCGGCAGCGGCGGCGCUGAAUUUGUCCCCCAACGGCAUCGGGAGCAUUAACAUGUCGGUGGAGAUCAACGGCACCAUCUACGCCGGAGUUCUCUUCGCCCAGAAACCGGUUGUCCACCUCAUCGCAGGCUCCAGCACCCAGAGCUCCUGCAGCAGCAGCAGCAGCAGCGGCGGCAGCUCCCACUGCUCUCCCAGCCCUACCUCAUCCCGGGGAACCCCCAGCGCAGAGCCCUCCACCAGCUGGUCCCUCUGAUGGGCGGCCCAGUCCGUUCUCCUCUCUCACACUGGGCCACCCCCCUGGCAACUCGUCCUCUCUGCUCCGGGCAGGGAGUCAGCCCGGGAAGGAGUCGCACAGAUUUACCUCAUCUCAAGGAACCUGCUCUUGCGGUUGGCCAACGGCAAGACGAUGACGAAGAUGAUGAUGAUGAUGAUGAAAGCUUUCCAUGCCAGCGAGUUUUGGGUUUUUUUUUUUUCUUCAUCGUCUUGUUUGUCCAGCCUUUUUCUUUGUUCUCCCUUUUCUUC